AUGGCACCUGCUUCCAAAUCACUUCGCAGGCAGGAGCAGUUCUGCUUAGAUUCUAUGCAGAAUAUGCUGAAAUUUGUGCAGUUGUAUAACGAGGAAAGGGACAAGUACCUAACUGAGGGUUGGCGAAAUCGCUUAAAUGAAACUUUCGAUCAAUUCCAGACCAUUCGUUUGAAACUGGAGUUGAUAGAAGAAGAGGAAGACGAAGAACACCAUGAUGAUGAAAAUCGGCGGUUGCGUGAUGAGUUCGAAAAGAACUACGUGAAAGUGAUUGGGUUUUUGACAGAAGCUGAGCGUAGAGCACACCCUCCACCCCCACCGGUCAUGCAAGCCGUCGCUUCUGGAUCGGCGAACAUGAAUCCUAACCCUUUCCAAUCGAGAAUCAAGCUGCCUGAGGUCAAACUUCCUUCGUUUGAUGGUACCAUUACCGAUUGGUUACCAUUCCGAGACUCAUUCAAGAGUCUUAUCGAUUCGAACCCGAAUUUGUCCGAAGUGGACAAACUGUCCUACCUUGUAGGCUCCCUAACGAAGGAAGCGAAGCGAAUAGUUGAAGCAAUCGAAAUAACCGCUGCGAAUUAUUCGGUUGCUUGGGACUUGCUCCAAAAACGUUUCGACAAUAAGAAGCUCGUUGUUAAAACGUAUCUUGAUGCGCUCUUUUCAGUCGAACCAGUCAAACGAGAAUGCUAUGAUUCCCUCGUGCGACUGAUCGAUGACUUUGAACGUAACUUAAAGAUGGUUCAGAAGAUGGGAGUAGACACUGAAGGCUGGAGUGUUCUAUUAGCGCACAUGGUCUGUACUCGGUUAGACUCGUUCACCCUGCGUCAAUGGGAGAACCACCAUAAGUCAACGGAUGUUCCCGCAUACAAAGAUCUUCUCCAAUUCCUCAGAAAUCACGCUAUGGUUCUCCAAUCAAUCGCACCGAUCAAACCUCGUUCCUCCGAUCCUCCUCCAGCGGCUCCUCGCAUGCAGAAACCAAAGAUCAGUCAAGUACAUUCCGUCGUUAGCUCUCCGUCCAAACCGUGCCCGUUCUGCAAGCAGGCUGCACACUCGGUCUUCAAGUGCGAUGUUUUCCGCAACUCAUCGGUAGCAGACAGGUACGAGCUAGUGAAGAAGAAGGCACUUUGCAUCAAUUGCCUUUCACCUGAUCAUCAAAUCAAAAACUGUUCCUCCAGUGCGUGUCGUGUUUGUGGGCAGAAGCACCACACAAUGCUACACCAACAAGCAAGCAAUCGCUAUCCAAACCAAUCACAAGCUCCGAAACAAACCCAAAGUCCACCCAAUUCCGAACAAACGCAAACCCAACCUCAGAACGCUAGAAAUCCACCAACUGUUUCGAAUCAGCCUCCUCCGCCAUCCACCCCGGUCGCUUCAGUUCCCGUUGCUCCUCCGUCGCUCAGUCACUGCUCCACUUCCUUGGUUGCCAACGUCCGCAAGAUUCCGUCAACAAUCCUGCUGCAGACAGCUUUACGGUUGCAAGCACGGAUGAUCAAGGAUCAUCAUGUCAUCGGUGGAAUCGGAGGCUCCACGACUGUAGCAAACCAUUCUGUUCUGCUUAGCGUUCUGUCCCACUGCACUGACUUCAGUGCAGAUUUGAAGUUCUACAUUUUCGGUGAGAUAACACGCGAGCUUCCGUCGAACUCUGUGGAUGUCUCCAACUGGGAAUGGCCGUCCGAUAUCGUACUUGCUGAUCCGAAGUUCCAUGAGCCAGCCUCCGUGGACAUGAUUAUCGGAAUGGAGGUGUAUUACGAUCUACUUCUGGAAGGUUUUGUGAAGCUCGGCCCAGGCAAGCCGGUCGUCUCCGGAAGAGUGGGUUUGAGCCAACCUCCAAAUCGUGCAGUCGCUGCACAUGUCUGCAGCACACUUUCCGUGGAAGAUUCGCUAGCAAGGUUCUGGGAAAUCGAGUCAUGUCAGUCAUCAAGCACUAUGUCCAUCAAGGAAUCGACCUGUGAAGCUUACUUCUCGGCAACUACCACCAGAGACGGGGAUGGUAGAUUUGUUGUGGCAUUGCCAAAGAAGCCGGAAGUCUUGAAUCGUCUAGGAAAGUCCUACGAGAUAGCCAAACGUCGGCUCCUUUCGCUGAGCCGCCGUCUCGAAGCAAAUCCCGCGCUGCAGGCCUCAGACUCGGCAUUCAUCGACGAAUAUCUUCAGCUGGGACAUAUGGAGGAAGUGUUUCCGGAUACGCCGAGCACGUCUGUCUUUUAUUUUCUUCCACAUCACUGCGUUGUCCGCCCGGAUAGCCUAACGACCAAACUUCGCGUCGUUUUCGAUGCGUCGUGCGCCACCGACACAGGAGUCUCCUUAAACGAUGCAUUGAUGGUCGGUCCGGUCGUGCAGGAAGACCUCGUCUGCAUUACAAUGCGUUUUCGAUUGCCAAGGUUUGCCAUUACUUCUGACAUCGAAAAGAUGUACCGCCAGAUCCUGGUGAUACCCAGCGAUCGCCCUCUCCAACAAAUUCUAUGGCAAGACAAACCCGGAGAACCGAUCGCCACGAAAUGUCUUCAGGAAUUAGCCAAACACGGUCAGUCGUCGCAUCCAGCCGCGGCGGCAGUCCUCGACUUUUAUAUGGAUGAUAUGAUUAGCGGAGUCAACAAUUUAGCGAUGAAGAUCGAAAGUCAUUUUAGUAUCCAAACGAACAUCUAG